AGUGACGUCUGUCGCAAGUUCCGCCCCGCUCAGCGCCCAGACUGCUGCAUUGACCGCACAGAGCAUCAGGGACGGACUUUCACUCUCCUAUCCAUCACCACAAUGGGAAUUAUUCCGUUCUUUCAGAACCGAGCUCUGAUCCCGUACUAUCUAAAGCCAGUCCACUUCGAGACACAGACUAUAAGAAGCUGCCGGCGGAGGGAGAGACAGCUGUAGAGAUAUAUGUUAUUUGCCUUAGCCUGUGUUUAGUGUUUCUACCAGGGGAGUCCGGUACUGACCCCGGGCUGGCGUACCACCGUUUGAAAUGAGAACACGUAUUUCCAUACAAUUUGGAGAUGGGCAUUUGCAGAUUUGAGCUGAGUCUUUUGGGGAAAUACAUCAGGAAAAUGUCGGUGGUCUACAUUUCGGUGGCGCUGCUGUGUAUGCUGGUGGGUGCCCCUGCCCCCCCGCUCCCCAGCCCUGGCCCCCCGGGGCCCCUUUCCACCCGCCACUACUACCACCCCCACCCCCCCACGGGUGCUCGGCUGCUCUGUGACAAGUGUCCCGCCGGCACCUACGUGUCCCGCCACUGCACCCCCGCCAGCGUGAGGGAGUGCAGCCGUUGCCCCAGCGACACCUUCACCCCCGGGGAGACGGGGGCCCAGCAGUGCCACCCCUGCCGGUCGGCCUGCCCCCCCGGUCUGCUCCAGAAGCAGCCCUGCUCGCCCGUCCAGGACCGCCUGUGCGUGUGCCCGCCGGAGAGCUUCCCCCUGGGGGGCGUGUGCCAGCCCCUGAGCCUGUGCCCACCCGGGGAGGGGGUGAGGAGGCGGGGGGGCGAGAGGGAGGACGUGCGCUGCAGGCCCUGUGCCAGGGGGACCUUCUCAGACGAGGCCUCAAGCGUGCUCAGGUGCCGACCGCACACAGACUGCCUGGAGCAUGGCCUGGUGCUGCUGCAGCAGGGAACCAAGGACUCUGAUAACAUCUGUGGGCCUGCCCCCUCCCUCUCGCCUCUGGGAUCUGCACUCACUGGCUUUGUACAAGAUGGCUCCACAUGGUCCAGGCUGCCAGCUGACAGGGGUCUGAGAGCAGGUGUGCAGGACCUGGAUCUCUCCUCAGGGCUGCUGGUCUUCGCUCCCUCAGGAACCCUGGAGACCCUGACCCUGGCCUCCACCCCCACCCCCCCUCCAGCCUCCAGCCCCACACACACCCCCGCCCCACACACACCACCUUUCCACCUCCCACCCACCGCAAGCACAGCGCCACCCGUGGGCACCCCCCCCCCUUCCGGGGGGUUGGAGGAUGGCUCAGGGGGCAGGGUGGGGCAUGGCGGAGGGGGGUACAAGCCCCCCAGGAGGGGCUCCCCUCGCCCCAGUGCCCACAGCCACUUCGACAUCAACGAGCACCUGCCCUGGAUGACGGUGCUGCUGCUGCUGGUGGGGCUGCUGCUGGUGGUGGGCUGCAGUGUGAAGCGGAGCUCCCGCACGCUGGAGAAGGGCCCCCGACAGGACCCCAGCAGCAUCGUGGAGAGGGCCAGCCACAAGAGGACCACGCACACACAGGCCAGGGAGAAGUGGCUCUACUACCCUAACGGACAGGGGGUGGACAUCCUGAAGCUUGUGUCAUCUCAGAUGGGGGGUCAAUGGGUUGACAUGUAUCAGUCUCUGGCCAAUGCCUCUGAGCGCGAGGUGGCAGCCUUCUCCAGCAGCUACGGGUCGGACCAGGAGCGAGCUUACGCCGCUCUGCAGCACUGGACGGUCCGUGACCACGACGCCAGCCUGGCCAAGCUGAUCAGCGCCCUGCACAGGCACAGACGCACCGACGUGGUGGAGAAGAUGCGCUGCGUCAUAGAAGACAAUCCUCAGUUUGAUGUGGCCCAGCUGAUGGUGUGUGUGAAUGUUCCUGCGGGCCCCAGCCCCCCCUGGCCUGCUGACGGUCCUGGCGUGGUGGAGGGGUCUCCCGUGGACCGCAGCAAGGGCUUCUUUCCCGACGAAUCAGAGCCCCUGCUGCGCUGUGACUCCACCUCCAGCAAAGACUCUGCCCUCAGCAGGACCGGAUCCUUCAUUACCAAAGAGAAGAAAGACACAGUUCUUCGCCAGGUCCGUCUUGACCCAUGUAACCUGCAGCCCAUUUUUGACGACAUGUUGCACAUCCUGAACCCUGAAGAGCUGCGUGUGGUGGAGGAGAUCCCCGCUGCCGAGGACAAGCUGGACCGCCUGUUUGAGAUUGCUGGUGUGAAGAGCCACGAGGCGAGCCAGACGCUGCUGGACUCAGUCUACAGCCAUCUACCUGAGCUGCUCUAGGGCCAUCUACCUGAGCUGCUCUAGGGCCAUCACCCUGAGCUGCUCUAGGGCCAUCACCCUGAGCUGCUCUAGGGCCAUCACCCUGAGCUGCUCUAGGGCCAUCACCCUGAGCUGCUCUAGGGCCAUCACCCUGAGCUGCUCUAGGGCCAUCACCCUGAGCUGCUCUAGGGCCAUCACCCUGAGCUGCUCUAGAGCCAUCACCCUGAGCUGCUCUAGGGCCAUCACCCUGAGCUGCUCUAGGGCCAUCACCUCCUGCUCUCCUCUCCUCCUCCUACUCUCCUCCUCCUACUCUCCUCUCCUCCUCCUACUCUCCUCUCUCCUCCUCCUACUCUCCUGCUCUCCUCUCCUCCUCUCCUCUCCUCCUCCUGAUCUCCUCUCUCCUCUCCUUCUCCUGCACUCCUCUCGAGUUUUGGCAUGUCUUCCACCCUCAGACAGCCUUCGCCAUUAACCUUACCCCUAACCCCUGACCCCUGAAAUGCUCCAGUCCACCCAGCUCACUCUUCCUGCCAGUUUAACCAGGGAGUCCUUCCCCCCCCCCCACCCACCCAGCCCCCCCUCCUCUUCCUCUCCUCCCUGGGCCCAGCCAGACAGGAAGCCAUGUGCCUGACCUCACCAGGUCAACAUCCUUUCCCCUAUCUCUGGGGACCGCCCCCCUGCAGGUGUCUGGACUGUCCAACAGCAACAGAACCGUCACCAACUUCCUGUAAAAACACACCCCUCGUUCUCGCCUCAGUGUAGCGUUGAUGAAGUGUUGUCUUAACAUUUUGGAGCUUGUUGUUGCUGCGCGUUGGUUCAGAAAAGGUCUUAUGCUACUGUAUGUCAACACUGUCAAAAACUAACUCUACUCAGUCCUUCAUGCAAACAUACUUUCGACACACAAUGUCUGAUCAACGCUAACGAUGUGUAUUAUAAUUAAUGCACUUAUGUUGUUUUCUAGAAAUCAUGUGAUUCGUCUGCAUUCUGCCAUGCUUCCUGCCCCCCCGUUAGUCCGAUGCUAUUGCUACCUAGCAUCUCUUCCUCUUCUGCGUUUCCUACAUUUUCUUCUAAUUGAAGUGUUCGUUUGAGUAUCAUUUUUAUUUUGUUCAACUGAUUCAUGUUUCCAGUAGAUGUUUGUCAUCUUUAUGAUUUCUCGGGCAUUCAGGCUUUUUCUUGUCUGGGGAGGAAGAGGAUUCGUCUUACCUGAGUGGAACACUCCUUAACCCUACUUGAAUCUGUCACCUCCUGGUACUUAAUUAAAAAACAAUGUAUACCUUCUAGUUCCUUCAGAAUUCUACAUUCUUCACAAAAGAAGCACCACCAAAACAAGGUUUAACGAUGAUGGAUGUCUCACUCAGUUAUGCUCUGUGCGCUGGCUCUUUGGCACCCUCCAGUGGCAGUUCUGAGAAUGAUUCCCAGAGCACUUGAGGUGUGUGGAGUCUGUUUUCAAACUUAACAUUUACAUUUAGUCAUUUAGCAGACGCUCUUAUCCAGAGUGACUUACAGUAAGUACAGGGACAUUCUCCCCGAGGCAAGUAGGGUGAAGGGCCUUGCCCAAGGACACAACGUCAUUUGGCACAGCCGGGAAUCGAACUGGCAACCUUCAGAUUACUAGCCCGCUUCCCUAACCGCUCAGCCACCUGACUCCCCAACAUGGGGAGUCAUACUUAACAUGAUGUAACCAGUGUGUUUACUACUAUGUAACCUCUUAAAAUCAACCAAUAAAAGUUUAAACAUGUGUUAUAAGGA